AUGUCUUCAGUCAAGGCCCAGUCCAUGACGUGCAACCCUCUGGCAGGCGUUCCGGGCAACGCCACCACCCCAGGCCUCAAUGCUCUACCUGCUGGCUUCCCCGUCAACAAGGAGGCCAAGAGUGCCUGGGUUGGGUCCAAGAUCUCGGACGGGGAUUUCGUCUACCAUCUCACCAAGGCGGAACUUGUUGAGAUCUACAAGGCUGUUAUUGCUUUCAAGGAACUUGGGCUCGAUGGAUCCCAUGUCAAUGUUGAUACGUUUAAAUUGCCCACGCUUGGCCCGAGGCUUGUGGAGCUCAGUCUUGAAGUUCACAACGGCCGUGGGUUUGCCGUCAUACGGGGAAUAAACCCCGGAGACUACAGUGUCGAGGACAUCACCCUCGCUUAUAUGGGUGUCGCCUCAUACGUUGCCGACAAACGAGGUUGUCAGGACAAGCUCGGCAAUAUGCUGGUUCACAUUGUCGCCACCAAGGCCAACGACAAGCAUCACCGCCACUCUACUGACCCUAUUACCUUUCACAACGAGGAGGCCGGAGACAUCGUUUCUUGGCUCACCCGAGGAGCGGCUGCUUCCGGUGGUAAAUGUGUUAUUGCGUCGGCUACAACAGUCUACAACGUUCUGGCUGCCACCCGCCCCGACCUUGUCCGGGUUCUCGCUCGGGGCGACUGGCCGUUCGCGCUCCCCCGGUAUCAAUGUCGUCCUGUUCUCUUUCACGAGGACGGGAAGCUUAUCAUGAACUUCGGACGUGCUCCUCUCCUGGGAUCAGCGGCCCACCCUCGCAAGAGCCGCCUCCCAACCCUCAAUGGCCAGCAAAUUGAAGCCCUGGAUGCCUUAGAGGCUAUUGCCCGGGCCACCGAGUUCCAAUUCGCCACCCAGGCUGGUGACAUUCACUUCAUCAACAACCUGUCCGUGCUGCAUCGCCGCGACGGUUUCGUCAACGACGGAGCUUCUCAGAGACACCUAGUCCGCAUGCGUCUGCGCAGCUCGAACCUCGGCUGGUCCAUCCCGUCAAGUCUGAGCCGGGAGUGGCUUGAUGCUUUCGAAAGGCAAUCCGACAAGGUGUGGCACAUCGAGCCCAUGCCCGAGCAUUUCGCCCCUCUGCGGAAGCAUCCCAACUGA